AUGUUAAUUGACUGGUUAGUAUGUGGAGUUAACGAAGACCAUAUACAGAGACGGUUGUUGGCGGAAUCGACACUCGAUUUAAAACGGGCACUGGAUAUUGCUAUUGGGAUGGAAACAGCUGCGAAAGACAUGCGUGACUUGAAGCGUGAUGCAAUCGACAGUCAAAAUAGGAUGCAUAAAUUACAGGGUAGAAUGAACAAGGACAACAAUGUUAAUGACGAGUAUUCCUGUUUUCGUUGUGGAGGUAAACAUAACCCAGAGGACUGCCAUUUUAAAAACAAAACAUGUCACAAAUGCGGAAAAAUUGGUCACAUCUCAAGGGUUUGCCGAAGUACGAAGAAAGAUCAAAGUGCUGGUCGACAAAUGAGAGGAUACCGAUCGAAAUUUCAAAACUUUCAAGCGAACAAGGUGGAGCAAGCAAGUUGAGGGCGAACCAGAGGAGACUUGUAAUUUUUUUCAACAUAUCGAAUUCAUCGACAAAAAUACUGCCGUAUCAAGAGAAAUUUAACGUGAAUGGUCAAAAUGUUGACAUGGAAAUCGAUACGGGGCAUCUUUAUCGGUGAUCAAUCGCGAAACGUACGAGUCCCUACGCCAAGGAAAUGAGAACUUGGUGUUGAAAGAGAGUAAAGUGAUCCUACAUACCUACACAGGCGAACGUGUUAGUCCAUUGGGAAUUCUAGAAGUAACCGUAAAAUAUGGCAACCAAACCCGUCCAUUGCCACUGUUGGUGUUAGCCGGUACCGGGCCUUAUCUGUGUGGUCGCAAUUGGCUAGAAAGUAUCCAUCUCGAUUGGUCAAGCAUUCGACGCCUGGGGAACGUGAAUUUGGAGGAUGUGUUGAAAAGGUAUGAUCAUUUGUUCAAUGAAGAAUUGGGUAUGUUGCAUGGUAUCAAAGCAAAGAUACAUCUCAAACCAAUGACAGAACCUACCUUCUACCAAGCUCGUAGUGUGCCGUAUUCAAUGCGGAGUAAAAUUGAAAAGGAACUAGAGAGGUUAGAAAGGGAAGGGACAAUCGAAGCGGUGCAGUAUUCAGAGUGGGCCAACCCCGGUAGUACCCGUUAUCAAGCCAGAUGGGAGUGUGAGGUUAUGCGGGGAUUACAAACUGACUGUAAAUCAAGCUUCUCGCCUAGAUGCAUAUCCGAUACCCAAGAUAGAGGAACUACAUAA